AUGGCCCCUUGUCGCGCUUUCGCGUUUUUGGUCUCAAUUCCAUUCGUUCUCGGCUCGUCCGACGCCUCCCUUCCGCCGAUACCCGACAAUUACGAUGUCCUUCAAUACGUCGAUCCACUCAUUGGAAGUGCGAAUGGAGGAAAUGUUUUCCCAGGCGCCUCUCUGCCUUAUGGCAUGGCCAAAGCCGUAGCGGAUACAGACUCGCCCAGCAACCAGGGAGGCUUCACGUACGAUGGCAGCCGCAUCACCGGAUUUUCUAGUCUGCAUGAUUCGGGAACCGGAGGCCAGCCUUCCCUCGGAAAUUAUCCUCUGUUCCCCUACGUGAAAUGUCACGACGACGAUGUCAAUGGCUGUGUAUACCCUAAGAAACAACGGAAGACGAAUUACGUUUCCGAUUCGGUUAAGGCAAGCCCUGGUUACUUUGGGCUUACGAUGGAGUCGGGCAUUCGUGUGGACAUGACGGUGGCUCAUCAUACGUCCCUCAUUCGGUUUCAAUUUCCAACGGAUGAUAAAUCGAGUCCUCUGAUCCUUUUGGACCUCACCGAUCUGUCUGAUACGCGCCAGGACAAUGGGACCGUUGACAUAGAUCCUAUGACGGGCCGCAUGACAGGACAUGCUCGCUUUCAACCGAGUUUUGGAAGCGGCACCUACGUUCCCUAUUUCUGUGUCGACUUUGACAGUGCCGCCAAAGUGCGAGACCAUGGUGUUUUUAUUAAUUCACGAGCAAGCACCGAUGUCAAUAACCUCGAAAUUUCACGAAGCAUAAAUGGAUUUCCGCUUCCGGGAGGUGCAUUUGUUCGUUUUGAUUCAGCCUCGAAUAUCACGGUGCAAGCGCGAACUGGUUUGAGUUUUAUCAGCAGCGAGCAGGCAUGCCGCAAUGCCGAAGCCGAAAUCCCCAAUUUUGACUUUGAAGCUACCCAUUCAGCGGCAGUUGAGCUGUGGACGGAGAAGAUGACACCAAUUCGAGUUUCCAAACAGGGGGUUAACUCUUCGGUCUUGACGAAUUUCUACAGUGGGAUUUACCGUACAAUGAUCAACCCGCAAGAUUUUACAGGGGAAAACCCUCUAUGGAAGAGCACCGAGCCAUACUUUGAUUCAUUCUACUGCCUCUGGGAUUCUUUCCGGUCCCAGUUGCCUUUCUUGACUAUCUUUGAUCCGAAGUCUCUGGCCAGAAUGAUCCGCUCUUUGAUCGAUACCCAGCAGAACCUGGGAUGGCUUCCUGACUGCCGCAUGUCUCUCUGCAAAGGAUACACUCAGGGCGGUUCCAACGCGGAUGUCGUUCUUGCGGACGCAUACCUUAAGGGGAUUACGGAAAACAUUGAUUGGCAGGCAGGCUACGCAGCGGUGAAGAAGGACGCUGAAGAAGAACCUUUUGACUGGUCGAAUGAGGGCCGAGGUGGACUGAUCAGCUGGAAAUCGUUGAAUUACAUCCCGGUUGAGGACUUCGACUAUCUUGGAUUUGGAACCAUGACGCGGAGUGUCUCUCGUACACUGGAAUACUGCUACGACGACUUCAGUAUUGCACAGAUGGCCCGUGGUCUGGGAAGGACAGGUGACGUGGAGAAAUACGAAACCAGCUCUCGCAACUGGGAGAAUAUUUUCCGAGAUGAUCAAACCUCGCUCAUCAAUGGGACGGAUACGGGAUUCACAGGGUUCUUCCAGCCCAAGUAUCUUAAUGGGACAUGGGGAUACCAGGACCCUGUCGCCUGCUCUAGCAUUGAUACAAGCGGACGAGCAUGCUCUCUGCAGAACAACGCCGCCGAAACAUUCGAAUCCAGUAUCUGGGAAUACCAAUUCUUUGUCCCCCAUGACAUGGCCACGCUCAUCACCUACCUCGGCGGGCCCUCCCAAUUCGUCCGCCGCCUCGACUACCUUCAUGACACCGGCAUCACCUACAUUGGUAACGAGCCCUCCUUCCUUACUGUCUUCCAAUAUCACUACGCCGCACGCCCCGCCAAAUCGACCGCUCGCGCCCACUUCUACAUCCCCAAAUUCUUCAAUCCCAGCCCCGCCGGUCUCCCGGGUAACGACGACUCCGGGGCUAUGGGCUCUUUCGUCGCAAUGACCAUGAUGGGCCUCUUCCCUAACCCCGGCCAAAACAUCUACCUCAUCGUUGCUCCAUUCUUCGAAUCCGUGUCCAUCACCUCGCCUCUCACGGGGAACGUCGCGACUCUACGCACCGUCAAAUUCGAUCCCAGCUACCGCGACGUGUAUAUCCAGUCCGUGACGCUGGAUGGGAAGCCGUAUACGAAGAGCUGGGUGGGUCACGACUUCUUCACUGAGGGUAGAGAAUUGGUGCUUGUUUUGGGCAGGAAUGAGAGCUCUUGGGGGACGGGGGAGGCGGAUUUCCCUCCUUCGUUGUCGACUUCUACUGGUUGAAUUGGUAGGUAUGCUACUGAACCACUUCCUGGGGAUUGUAAGUAGGAAGAUGGACGAAGUUACCUGAAAUCCAUUGCCUACAAGAUGAGUCGUGCUGAAUGCUAGUUCUUCGGCCUAAAUAUACCGAUCCAUGUGUUAACAUGACUAUAUGCAUCCUCGAUCUAUCGUUGUGAACAGACUAACCCUAAGACUUCUAGAAUAGAAAGGAUUGUAUAUUAACAAGGUGUAAAAUAGAACC